AUGCUUACUUUAUAUUUCAAGCCAUUUAUCUCAAGAAGGCUAUAUUCUUCUUUGAGCCCAAAUUACAAUGCUAUAAUUCUUAAAUUUAUUGAGGAAAACAAAGCAACAUCUACGUCCACUGUAUUCCAAGGUACUCUAUAUGAAUAUACUGUAAUGAGAGAAUUAUCAAAUAAAUUGCUAAUGAAAGAUCUUAACAAGAUAGGUGGAGCUGGUGACAAAGGUAUUGAUAUUGUUGGAAGUUGGCCAAUUUAUCCAAUAUAUGAAAAAAUGAAUCCAAUCUUUAAAUUAUCAGAAGAUAAAAUCCUUAAGCGAACGAAGAUUAAUGGAGCAUUUGUAAAACCGCUGAGAAAUAAAUUAGAAGAAGAGAAUGCCAACAUGAAGCCUAUCAAUAUUGCAGUACAAUGUAAAGCUUUCCGUACAUCAAAAGUUUCUCCACGAGAUUUGAGAGAAUUAGUAGGAACGUACACUUCAUUAUUUGCAAAUCCUUCUGGAAAAUAUAAUAAGGCUCCUAUAAUAAUUUUCAUGUGUUCACCAAAUUUACUCACAAAAGAUGGGAUAAAUUUGAUUAAUAGUGUCUCAAUACCGUUAAUAUACCUCCGUGUAAAUAUGAUCCCCUCUCUCGGUAACCAGUAUAUUUAUAACGAAACAACUUUGCAAGAGCAAGGCCAUAUCGUUAAUUAUUACGAAAAUCUUCAUGCAUCUAAGCUACUUCAAUCAUGUGGCAUUAAAGAAUGGUUAAAUUUGCGAGCUUAUGAUUGA